AUCAGAAAGACACCUAAUGAAAAACGCUAUUGUUGGCAAAUUACACUAGGGAGUAUUACAAAACAGCAUCUGACCAUGAUAAGGCCUUUAUGAAGUUACGCUACAACUGCAGACAAUGAUUCUUACGUGAUCCAGAAGUCAACUGGAGUCUGAACGUUUGAAGAAUGGAUUAUACUUGGCUUACGCUAUUGUGCUAUCUUCAAUGUGUCUUGGUCGCGUCAAUCGAUCCACCUAAGGAAGAUGAGCUCCCAUUAGCAAGCCCGUUACAAAGACCUCAACUUUGCAGAGAUCGAGUAGUUGGAUAUUCCAAAGUGGAUUACUUCGAAAGAAGCGCAUGCGCAUUAUGUUACGUCCAUCUGUUUCCUAAGAAAAUGCAACUGCGUAAUUAUAUGUACUCAUUUGUAUUGAACGGUACACUUUCGCCAAAUCAAUUACUAGUGCCUGAUGUUCGAAAUCACACAUUCGCCAGUUUAAUUUGUCAAACAUUGGACAGUGCAGAUGAAUGUAAUAGAUGGCGUAGUUGUUGCCUAGCUGCGUACGCAUGUUGUAAAACACAGCUUGUCGAGCCUCCCGGACAAGGUAUAAUGUGCCCAAGAACAUGGGACGGGUACGGCUGUUGGGGGGAUACAAAACCAGGCACCGUAGCUACUGAGACCUGCCCUACCUUCAUUGCCCAUGCGAUGCCCAUGAAAAUGUCUUCCAAGACUUGUGUCGACAAUGGAACGCAUCCCUAUUGGCUAAAACGAACUGGAAUGGAAUGGACUGAUUACACUGGCUGCGUCGACAAACAGGGCCAUGUAGCGGGAGUCUGGAUCGGCCUUAUGUGUAACGUCAUCAGUAUUCUCCUUCUUUUACCAGCUACCGUUAUAUUUUCAUACUACAGAGCGCUAAGGCGACAGGAUCGAAUCAAGAUUCACAUUAAUUUUUUCUUAUCUCUGGCCUUUUGUGGAUUCAUCACGAUUCUCUGGGACAUGCUAGUUCAAUACGAUCUUCUGACUGUAAAAAUUAAUUCACAAUCCGUAAUGUAUAAAAAUUCAAUUGGUUGCAGAAUUCUUUGUGCUCUUCAUAUUUAUACAAAAUGUACGACAUAUGUUUGGAUGUUCUGCGAAGGCUACUAUCUUCAUAAAUUGAUAUCAAAUGCUUUUGAGCCACCGAAUUCUCUAGUCAGAUUGUAUAUACUUGGCUGGGGGUUUCCUGUCCUCCCUGUUGGCGCGUAUACCGUUGCUAGGGCGAUUCUAGAUAACAAGAAGUGCUGGUCCAUAAGUAUCGGUGGUUUUGAAUGGAUAGUGUAUGGCCCCAACCUACUUUGUCUUUUCGUGAACCUUUUCUUUUUAUGCAACAUCAUGCGAAUACUUCUGACGCAGCUUCACGCACAUCCUGACGAGCCAAGUAAUUUUAGACGUGGUCUAAAGGCAGCCUUUGUUCUCAUCCCGCUGUUUGGAUUGCAAUUAUUCUUCACCAUUUACAAUCCCCAUGGAAACCCUGCCCUGGAGAAAACAUACGACAAAAUUCAAAAAGUCAUUACUAACUCACAGGGGAUAUUUGUGUCUUUGAUAUUCUGCUUUUUCAACGGAGAGGUAGGCUUUGUGGUACGAAACGUGGUUAUAAACGUGCAUAAUCAAAUCAAAAGAGCAUGCUGUCCACGCCAUAGACGAACAGAUAGCGGUUCUAGAAAUCUGAAGAGCGUUUCAACGCACUUCACAGAUGCCGUUCAUUCAAGCGGUAGUUCUCUAAACAUAUUUAGAAAUAGUCUUAAAGCAAAGAACUCACCUAAUUUAUCAAACAAAAGUGCCUCCUUAAACAAUCUUCAAAUGUCGGAUAUCACUAAAAACAGUCCAUUACUGAAGAACAGUCCGAUUUUAAAAAACGGAUACGACCACCGGAAGUCACGUGAUUCGGAAUCACCAAUGGUAUACCGAUAUUCUCCACUGAGGGAGUCUGGUGAAGAAAACGGGCGUGUGACCCCUAAUCAAGGUGAUAUAAAAGGAAUAACAGAAUCGUCCCUAACCGAUAGUAGCACUAAACAUAUAGACAGUGAAAAUCAAAGUGACUCUUCUAUAAAUGCUCAAGCAGAUACUGUACGAUUUCAAUGAAGUUUUCAUUUUCAUAGCUGAAACCUCCAAUAUAAUGUACAGAAGUAAAAUGUAUAAAUGAUCAUAUGGACAUUAAUUUUUCAAAUUAUUUAUAUAAUACCUAUUUAAUAUAUUACCGAAGAGUAUGAGUAGAAAAUGUGAUUUAAUUGCUAAUCGACCAAAAAACAGACAUGGCUGUAAAAUUACAGGUUCAAUGUACAUAUCGAGCUGACUAUGGACACCUGGCCUUGUUCAAAUGACUUUCUGCAGAGUGCUCGAAAUAUUUUACCACACUAUAUGUAUAUAUAAGGUGUUCCAAAUGUACCGAACAAACUGGGAAAAAGUAUGUCAGUGAUGACGGAAUAUUUUUGAAACCAGAACAAGGCCUGAACAAGGAAUUUUAUGUACAUGUACAAAAUUGCAACAAUUCAAAAAAGUAACUCUUACCUUACUUUUGCUCUUUAACAUGUGUGAGAAAUGUUGAAUUGAAUUAUAUACGAAAACG